CGUAUAGAAAAAAAUAGAGGAAAUUAAAAAACUUUAGGCGGACAAAAAGAUAAUAAUACGACCAACUAUUUGCCACCAUUUUCUCCAAAUCUCUUCUCCAUCACUCACCAGUCACCACCCUUCGUACUCUCCGUCCACCUCCGCCACCACUAUGUCACAGUUAUGACAAGGUCAAGAGACCGUUCACCAACCAGAACAACAACCAUUUCAACUGGCGGCGGCGGCAGAGACGGAGGAGGAGCCACGACGGCGAUGAGGGUGAUAGUACCCUUACAAGGUGUAGUACAAGGUCGGGGUGGUCUUUUCUUGGGUUCAGUUAUACCCUGUGCUCUUUUCUAUUUCUGGCAACUCUACCUCAAACGAAAUCGUUCCUCUGGCCGCGACAAUAACGGUGAUUCUACAGCUCCGGCGAGGUCGCCGUCGCCGACCCAUUUGCCGGAGGUGUCUUCUGGGUCUGGUCUACAAAGGGUUCAUUCACGUAUAUUACUGUCACCGAAGGGAACUACUGGGCAAUCUCAGGUAUCUGCCAGAGCUAAUUCGAUUAUUUCCAAUCAAAUUGAUGGUAGCCCUUACUAUGUUGGAUUGAAAAGAGCUUCUGAAGACCCUUAUGACGAGUCAAGUAAUCCAGAUGGUGUUAUUCAGCUAGGAUUAGCAGAAAACAAGUUGUCAUUGGAUUUAGUUCAAGAAUGGCUAGCAGAAAAUGUGUCAAGAUGGAUGAUGAUGACUCAAGAUUCGAGUAUAAGCGGAAUAGCUACUUAUCAGCCAUUUGACGGGUUGUUGGAGUUGAAAGUGGCUGUGGGAGAAUUUAUGUCUCAAGCUGUGGAGAAAUCAGUGUCCUUCAGCCCCUCGCAAAUGGUUCUUACCGGUGGUGCAACUCCUGCACUUGAGAUACUGAGCUUCUGCCUAGCUGAUCCUGGAAAUGCUUUUCUUGUUCCCUCACCAUAUUAUCCUGGUCUUGAUAGGGAUGUCAAAUGGAGAACUGGAGUGGAGAUUAUACCUGUUCCUUGCCGCAGUGCGGACAACUUUAACUUAAGCAUUGAUGCUCUUGACCGAGCUUUUAACCAAGCUAAGAAACGUGGUCUUAAAGUACGAGGGGUUAUCAUUUCUAACCCCUCGAAUCCUGUGGGCAAUAUUUUCUCUAGGGAGACACUUUAUAACCUCUUAGACUUUGCAACUGAGAGGAACAUCCAUGUAAUAUCCAAUGAAAUCUUGGCAGGAUCAACUUAUGAAAGUGGAGAGUUUGUCAGCAUAGCAGAGAUAAUUGAUUCUGAGGAUUUUGACCGGAACAGGGUACACAUUGUGUAUGGUCUCUCUAAGGACCUCUCUCUUCCUGGUUUUAGGGUUGGGGUCAUCUAUUCUUGCAAUGAAAAUGUUCUAGCUGCUGCGAAAAAAUUGACAAGAUUCUCAUCCAUUUCAGCGCCAACACAGCAUUUACUCAUCCAGAUGCUAUCAGAUGCAAAGUUUAUACAACAAUUUAUCAAAAAGAAUAGAGAGAGGCUAAGAAGGAUGUCUUCCCUAUUUAUCAGUGGAUUGAAGCAGCUCGGAGUUGAGUGCACCAAAACUAGCGGGGGCUUCUAUUGUUGGGCUGACAUGAGCAGGUUAAUUCGGUCGUAUAAUGAGAAGGGUGAGAUUGAGCUUUGGGAUAAUCUACUAAAUGUAGCUAAGAUCAAUGUAACUCCUGGUUCUUCCUGCCACUGUGUUGAACCUGGGUGGUUCAGGUUAUGUUUUUCGACAUUAAGUGAGAAAGACAUUUCCACAGUUAUGCAACGUAUUCAGAAAGUUUUGGAGAUACGUAAGUCCCUGAGUUAAGUUGCUAAUGAUACGAUCCCUUUCAUUAGUCAACAGUAACCAAAGGUCCAAAACUUCUGCAGAGAUUUUACGGGUCGUGUGAUAUGUGAUUUUAAUGGAUUCAUUAUUUAUCAAUGUUCGGAUAAUGAGAUCAGGUGCAGCACUCUGAACUAAAUGCAGAGAAAACAAAAAAAAAAUUGCCAGAUUGUAUGCAGAAAAUUCCUGAAGUGUGUUCUUGGUCCUCUCCUACUUUGUCAUGUUCACAAAUGCAUUUCUCCUCCCAGUUUGUGGAUUUUGAGGAUAGGUGAAUUAGCAGUCAAAGUUGAUGCAAGGAAAAACAUAUAGCAUGUAGAAAUGGUUUCAAUUGAAAUUCAUUUCCAAA